CCCCAAAGCUCCUUGUUCCAAAGCUCCUUGUUCUUGGGUUCUCUCUUAAGUCAUACCCUUUUCUAGAUUAUACCCCAAUUUUUGAAGAUUUCAAUUUCCCAUCACAACCCCACAAUUAAGUACAUGAAUUUUCUAAUUCCCUGCACAAACUGCUUCCACUCCUCAGCUGGAGAAGCCAGCCAGAGAUUGAGACGAGAUGGUACAGAUCAAGAGAAGUUUAGAAUUUUCUCUUGCAAGGAGUUGAAGUCCGCCACUAAUGGCUUCCGUUCUUCAAAUAAGCUUGGAGAAGGUGGCUUUGGCUCUGUUUUUAAGGGUAAGCUUAAGGAUGGUACUCUUGUGGCCAUAAAGGUGCUCUCCAUCGAACUUGAAUCGAUGCGAGGAGAAAGGGAGUUCAUAGCUGAAUUGACUGCACUUUCGUCACAGAGUCAUGAAAAUCUUGUUAAACUGCACGGUUGUUGUGUUGAUGGAGCUGGCAGAUAUUUGGUCUAUGAUUACAUGAAAAACAAUAGUCUUGCACACACUUUUUUAGGUGGAGAGCAAAACAGGAUGAAAUUCACUUGGGAUUUAAGGAGGAACGUGGCAUUAGGAAUAGCUCGUGGACUUGCCUAUCUGCAUUUCGAGGUUGACCCUCAUAUUCUUCACCGAGACAUUAAGGCGAGUAACAUACUUCUUGAUGAAAACUUCAUGCCAAAGGUUGGAGAUUUCGGCUUAUCCAAGCUGUUGAGAGAAGACCAUUCUCAUAUUAGUACUCGGGUUGCUGGUACAAUGGGUUAUCUUGCUCCAGAAUAUGCUAUUAGUGGGCGCUUGACGCGAAAAUCAGAUGUUUACAGCUUUGGAGUUCUACUGUUGGAGAUUGUCAGUGGCCGCGCCAUUGUAAAUUUUGAUAUGGAACUUGGGGAGCAAUUUCUGGUUCAGAAGGCAUGGGAAUCUUACAAGGCUGACAAGCUCCUGCAGUUAGUUGAUCCUACACUUCAAAUGAAUUUCUCCAAAGAUGAAGCUCUCCGAUUCUUAAAAGUAGGCCUUCUUUGUGUGCAAGAAAUGGCAAGACUCCGGCCACGAAUGACAAGGUCUGUUGAGAUGUUGGCGGGUGAGAUUGACAUGAAAGAUUAUCAGAUUUCACAGCCUGGACUUAUUUCCGAUUUCACAAACAUCAAAAUGGGUCGGCAGCAGUCAGGUGACAACAGCACUUUCUCUAGGGGAUCGGCAGCUAGUACCAUUCAAACACGCUUUUCAUCUGAUGAGUUCAGGUUAUCCUCGUAGAGAUAAUGUGUGGUUUUUCCUUAACCAAGCUGUCCCAGGAAGAUUAUUUCAGUUUUUCAGCCAACAGACAAGGUCCUUUUUGUUGGAUAUCUUUGACUGUAUAAGAUCAUCCGAUCCCAGUUGGAGAACUUACAGAGAUAGUGUAACUCAACACCACCAUUUUUUCU